CUUAAACGUAACAAAUCCAGGUCUUCGAAAGUGGUAUCAAUUGCAAAUCUGAUCAAUUCCCUUAGAAUGCGAACAUAAAACUGGUGCCGUAUUAUUCAACGUUUCCCGGAAGAUACCUGCUCUACUGUUGCUGUACAUAUCGCGUACAACAACAACGUCAAGUGAUGUCCUAGUACUUCCUAUCACUUCAAAUGGUGCAUAUCAUGUUAUUAUUAGCAUAUACUGCUAACCCUAUCGAACAAGACACAUCUCAUGGUGGACGAAACUCGUUACUCACAAGUGUUUAUAUAUGAAGUUUAAAUGACCAUUGUACAUACAAAUAUAUUUGUUUACGCAGUUUAUGAGUUUACGUAAACUGGGAAUAACUCUUCUUCUCAUUUUUAACUGUUAAAUUUACUUUACUGAAGAUAUUGUUUUUGACUAUACGUUAACAACGGUUAGUCCUCAUUUUCCAAAAGCUCUCCUCAGAACGUCUGAGCAUAAACAAAUUACGAUUUUAAGAGAACUCUUUGAUGUCUCUAAAAAGGAAAGAACACUCAUCUCCCCACAAAAACAAUCAUUUAGCUGCAGGGGCGGUAGCCGGUUUUGUUUCAAGUGCGGCACUACAACCUCUAGACUUGUUAAAAACUCGAUUACAGCAAGGAAAACAUGAAUCCUUAUUCAGAAUAAUAGUUAGAGUAUGCAAAAGUGAUGGAGGCGUCAUGUCUUUAUGGAGAGGAACCUUUCCUUCAAUCUUGAGAUCAACAACUGGAGUAUCCUGUUACUUUUAUACGCUGAAUCUAUUGCGUACCUCAUUUGGUGAUGGCGGGGCUCAUUUUAGUGCUAAGCAAAACUUCUGGAUGGGUGCUGCUGCUCGUUCAAUUGUGGGGUUUUUCUUUAUGCCUGUUACAGUUUUAAAAGUUCGAUAUGAAAGCAGCCAUUAUUCUUACAAUUCGUUCCUUGAAGCAGUGAAGGACAUAUGGAAAAAAGAAGGAAUAUCAGGCUAUUUCAGAGGUUUCGGCGCAACAGCUCUUCGUGAUGCCCCGCAUGCUGGUAUUUACGUUUUCUUCUACGAGAAAGGAAAGGAAAAGUUAUCAAAUCUUGUGAGAGUGAUGCAGCGGAAUCAAGAUUCGCAACUUGAAUUUAAAAAUACCAUCAAUGUAGUGUCGGGCCUUAUAUCAGGUACUGCAGCUACUAUUCUCACAAACCCUUUUGAUCUGUUGAAAACGAGAGUACAGGUUUAUCCUGAUCGAUACCGAAAUUUCGUACAAGCAUCGAAAAUGAUUCUAAAAGAAGAAGGAAUUAAAGGUUUUUUUGAUGGCUUCGGACUAAGGGUGGUAAGAAAAACAUUAAGUUCCACGAUAGCAUGGUCUAUAUACGAAUGGGUUUUAGCUAAGUAACCAUUUAUGUACGAUUAUUUUCUUUUAAAUUUCGAAUGGGAGACAACUUAAUAUUAUUUUUAUAUGUUAAUGAGAUUACGUUACACUUUUUCAUCUGAACAGAAACUAGUUUUUGCCUUU